ACAAAUCGUGAUGAGAGGCUACAUGCGCUUGCAGGUUUGAGGGCGCCUCGGCAGCACCGAGUUUAUAAUCCAAAUGGAAGCGAAGCCCAGGCGACCCAUCCGUGAUGCGAGCGGCUAUAGCAGCGGAGAGAUUGAAAAUGCGGAUGUCUCUUUGGAAAGAGAAAUGAGCGGAUCGAGAGAGCUGCGCGCUGACUGGAAGGAGAGCGAGAGAGAUGGAGGCGGGGGGAAGUCUCUCAGCUCUGCGGGGCCUGGAGCGCCCGUGCCCUGGACCGGCGGCGCAGUGCUGGCUAACAUUCAACCCUCCCCUUGUUCCAGCACCAGUUCCACACACAAGCAGCGACAGCCUUUGAAGACCCUGCUGCCAUACGGCUGCACAAACCGUGCUCUCACCCCGCAUUCCUCAUCACUUGAAAUCGGGGUAAACCACCGGAUUUCUUCACGAGUGAUUCCAGACAAUGAAUGGAGAAAUGGACUCCACUGCUAAAGAACCCGUUUGGGAGCAGAAUGACCUGUUGAAGCUGUUGGAUGCCAUAAAGGGGAACCUGCCGGAAAAAGAUCUGGCCAAGUACAAGACGUCCGAGUCCCAUUUGGACUGGGAGAAAGUGGCUUUCAACUCUUACUCUGGGGAGAUGUGCAAACAGAAAUGGCAUGACGUUUCACGUGAGAUUCGCAAAUUCCGCACCCUUACUGAGCUGAUCGUGGAUGCGCAGGACUACGUCAAAAAUCCAUACAAAGGAAAGAAGCUGAAGAAGCACCCAGACUUCCCCAAAAAGCCAUUGACACCGUAUUUCCGUUUCUUUAUGGAGAAGCGUGCCAAGUACGCUAAACUACAUCCAGAGAUGAGCAACCUAGAUCUCACAAAAAUCCUGUCCAAAAAAUACAAGGAGCUCCCAGAGCGUAAAAAAGAGAAAUAUGUGAAAGACUUUCUCAGAGAAAAGGAGAGUUUCAUGCUCCGCAUGAUGAAGUUCAGGCAAGAUCAUCCCGACCUUCUAGAGAACGUUAACAAGAAGUCCAAUGUUCCAGAGAAGCCCAAGACGCCCCAGCAACUGUGGUACUUCCAUGAGAAGAAGGCCUUUCUCAAAGCACGCCCAGAUGCGACUACCAAAGACAUCAAGGACGGUGUUGGCAAGCAGUGGCCACAGCUCUCAGACAAGAAGAGGAUAAAGUGGAUCACAAAGUCUUUGGAGCAGAAGAAACUGUAUGAGGAGAAGAUGCGUGAGUUUAUCCAGCAGCACCCAGAGAUGAACAUGACAGAGGAGAACAUUGUCAAAUCCACUCUGACCAAAGCAGAGAGACAGCUCAAAGACAAGUUUGAUGGGCGGCCAGACAAACCGCCUUCUAAUGGUUACUCUAUGUUCUGUGCUGAGCUGAUGUCCAGUAUGAAAGACGUUCCCAGUACAGAGCGUAUGGUCAUGUGCAGCCAGCGCUGGAAACUCCUCAAACAGAGUGAGAAAGAUGCCUACCAAAAGCGCUGUGAGCAGAAAAAGAAAGAAUAUGAAGUUGAGAUGAAUCGUUACUUAUUAAGUAUCUCAGAGGAGGAACAGCAGAGAAUACUGUCAGAACAGAAGAUGGGCAGCUUUAAAAAGGGGGUUGGAGGCAGUAGUCCUGCUUCCAAAAAGAAGAGCACAAAAGCAAAGUCCAGUACAGAGAAGCCCAAGCCUCCUGUCUCUGCUAUGUUUAUUUUCUCUGAGGAGAAGCGCCCAAAACUUCAACAGGAAAAGCCUGAUCUUUCUGACAUGGAGCUCACCAGACUACUGGCCCGCAUGUGGAAUGAGCUUUCUGACAAGAAGAAGGAAAAGUAUAAAAACCUGGAGAUGACGCUGAAGGCAGAGUCUGAAAAACAGAGCAAAGAGGACAAAGGGAAACUACCAGAAACGCCCAAAACAGCUCAGGAUAUCUGGCAACAAAGCGUCAUUGGAGACUAUCUUGCCCGAUUCAAGAAUGAUCGAGUGAAAGCUCAAAAAGCCAUGGAGGCCACCUGGAACACCAUGGAGAAGAAAGAAAAGAUCAUGUGGAUCAAGAAGGCUGCAGAGGACCAGAAGAGAUAUGAAAGAGAGCUGAGUGAGAUGCGAUCACCUGCCCCAGUCGUCACCCCUGGGAAGAAAAUGAAAUUUGAUGGUGAACCUAAGAAACCGCCCUCGAACGGCUAUCAGAAGUUCUCUCAGGAGAUGCUGUCAAACGGCGAGCUGAAUCAUCUGCCCAUGAAAGAGCGCAUGGGUGAAAUCGGAGGCCGCUGGCAGCGGCUCCCUCAGAAAGAGAAGGACCGCUACAAAAGACUGGCAGAAGAGAAACAGAGACAGUACAAAGUGCUGCUCGAGCAGUGGCUUGCGAGUUUAUCAUCACAAGAGAGAGCUACUUAUAAAGAAUAUAAUUCUCUGAAACGGAGGAGCACAGCAAAACCAGGUGGCACCGCUGCUAAAGCAAAACCCAAGGCCAAACAAUCGGAAGAGGAUGAUGAUGACGACGACGAUGAUGAUGAUGAUGACGAUGAUGAUGAAGAGAAGGAAUCUGAAGACGGAUCAUCCUCCGAUGACGACAGCGAUGAUGACGAUAAUGAAGAAGACAUUGAGAACGAAGAGGUUGAGGAUAAAGAGAAUAAAUCAGAAAGCAGCAGCAGUGCUUCCAGCUCUGAAGAUUCAUCGGGCUCAGACUCCGACUGAGCCCACAGACUGCCAGAAAUGCUGUGAACUGAGCCAUGAGCCGGGGGUCUGAGCCUGCUCUGCACUGCGCUCUUCUCACCACAGGAGGGGGCUCACCCCGCUGUCACACAUCUGCGCCACCUCUCACACA